CUCCUCCAAUAACUGAAACCAUCGUUUUUUUCCUUAUCUUUUUGCUUGAAUUCUUCAUGAAUUCAGUUAAAUUUCUAGCCUUUACAUGACGUUCUAUUUCUGCUAUUUACUGGUUUUCAUGGCAGCCAAUUAAGCGGUCUGUUCUCUAGCCCGUUUUCACCUUGGAUUCCUGGUUUUAUUGCGUCCUCUUGGGCUGCUGUGCUUGACGAGUUUCUCUGCAAUCUUCUUGUAGUUCAUCUUCUGCCGUUUUGGUCGGUUCUGUUCUGUUUUAUCAGUCCGUUUUGUGCACUGCUUGUCUGCCCUGGAAUUUGGUGAAUUGCUGCUAUUUUGAUUGGUUUCUGGGUACCAAUGCUAGAGAUGCUGAUGGGUACAUGGGGAGUAGGGAGUGAUGUUGAAGAUGCCCAGCUACCUAGCUGAUUUAGUUUGGAAUAUUUGAGCAUAAUUGGUUACUACUUUAGUUUGAUUAUUUGAGGAGUUAUUUGACAUUUCUGAGAACUUGAUAGAGUUUAAGAAAUUGGUUUAACUGUAUUGAUUUAAAUUUUUGGAGAUUUGAGAUUAUUGAUUUAAUAUUGUUGUUGGAGGUCUUUGGAAUUAAGUUUUGGAUUUAUACCCUAGGUUAGUCAGAGCCUUGCAUAUGUGUUCAGUGUCUAUUCCGCUUCCUGAUUUGGGGUGCUACAUUUUGAGUAGAUGUUUGGGAGUUGCAAUUCGAUUUUGGUGUAUUUUCUUUAGUAUCUCUUAUUUUGGAAUCCAAACAUGACCCUUCAACUUCAUUUUUUUCCCCCUCUUUGGUUCAUUCUUUUUUACCCAUUUUGUUUGUUUUACAGUGAAACGCAAUUUCUUUUGUUGUUGUGUUUACCAUUUGGAUCCACACCCCUUCAUCAGAAUGGUAACUCUGGCAGGUUUCCAUUUUCCUUAAGGUGUAUUAGUGGGCUGAUGUUAAUCCAAAAAAGAUAAAUAGUACUGUGGACUAAUUCUUACUCCAAGUUGGUUACAACUUACAAGGCUCUUGGUAACAAAUAUUGGACUUGUUUGGCAGUCCAUAUAUACUUGAGCUCUUCUUCCAUUUGAUUGUCUACAUAUACUUGGGCAUUGCUUCCAUUUGAUUGGCUAUGCCUUGUACAAGCAAACACGAGCAUCUCUUCUUCUUGAACACCAUGCUCCAUCGCUUCAUUGACAAAGCACAAUAUGAUCAAUCGUUGCAAUUAUAUACCCAUAUGCGAAACCUGGGCUUUUCUCCUGAUAACUUCACCUUCCCUUCCAUUCUCAAGGCUUGUGGCUGUCUCAACAAUAUCAAGUUUGGUUUAAAGGUCCAUCGAGAUGUAAUUAUCUAUGGUUAUCAAUCUGAUGUGUUUGUUGCUAACUCACUAAUUGCCAUGUAUGCUAGAUGUGGUUUCUUUGAUGUUUCAAGACGAUUGUUCAACAGAAUGCCUCAAAAAAAUGUGGUCUCGUGGAGUACGAUGAUUGGAGCAUGUGCACAAGGCAAUUUGUUUCACGAAGGGGUAUUGUUGUUUUAUAGGAUGUUGGAUGAGGGCAAACAACCAAACAGGGGUGCCAUUUUGAAUGUGAUGGAGUGCAUUCAGAGGAAGAAUGUUGCUGAUGAUAUUUUCAGGGUGCUCAUGGCUAAUAACCUUCAUUUGGAUCAGUUCAUCCAAAAUGCAGCCAUGCUAAUGUAUGCAAGGUGUGGAAACAUUGACAUAGCUAAGGGGAUUUUUGAUGGGAUGGUGAUGAAGGAUUUGGUGUCUUGGACCUCAAUGAUCAAGGCCUAUAUUCAAGCUGAUAUGCCUCUGGAAGCUUUGGGCCUCUUUAAGCAAGUGAAGUUACAGGGUGUGCUCCCUGAUUCUGUAAUGCUCCUUGGUGUAAUUCAAGCUUCUUCAAUUUUAGCAUCUUUUCGACAAGCACGAAUAGUUCAUGGAAUUACAAUUCGUAGCUUCAGCAAGGGUCCAAUGAUGGAUGCUGCUGUAGUUGACCUUUAUGUCAAGUGUGGUAGUUUAGCAUGUGCUAGGAAAGUUUUUGAUGGAAUGAAUGAAAAAAAUGUGGUUUCAUGGAGCACGAUUAUUUCUGGGUAUGGGAUGCAUGGCCAUGGUAGAGAAGCACUCCAUCUCUUUGAUCAGAUGAAGGAUUCAAGUAAGCCAGACCAUGUCACAUUUGUAUCAGUGCUGUCAGCAUGUAGUCAUGCUGGCUUAAUUGCUGAAGGAUGGGAGUGCUUUAAUUCAAUGUCUAGAGAUUUUGGAAUCAAACCAAGAUCAGAGCACUAUGCAUGUAUGGUUGAUCUGUUAGGCAGAUCUGGGCGACUGAAUGAAGCUCAAGAAUUCAUUGCAAGGAUGCCAGUUAGGCCAGAUGCAGGGGUCUGGGGAGCACUUCUUGGAGCUUGUAGAAUUCAUUUAAAUGCCGAAUUGGCUGAAACUGCAGCAGAAUCAUUAUUUCACUUGGAUGUAGAAAACCCUGGCAGAUAUGUUAUCCUUUCUAAUAUUUAUGCUUCAUAUGGUAGAAGAAAGGAAGUAGAUGGUAUCAGAGAUCUAAUGAAAAGAAGGGGAGUCAGAAAAGUUGUUGGGCACACAAUUAUUGAGAUCAAGGACCAGAUCCAUACAUUUGUAGCAGGGGACAGAUCACACCCAGAAACAGAUGUGAUAUAUUCAGAGUUGGAAAAACUGAUGGACAGGAUUAAAGGAGAAGGGUAUACUCCAGAUUUAAGCUUCGUGUUGCAUGAUGUUGAAGAAGAGACAAAGGAGAAAAUGUUGUAUUCACACGGGGAGAAGCUUGCCAUCGUUUAUGGGCUCAUGAAAUUGAAAGAAGAAAGUAUGAUAAGAAUAACAAAGAAUCUGAGAGUGUGCGGGGAUUGUCAUACUGCUACCAAGUUCAUUUCUAAGGUUAUAGGAAAGGAAAUCAUUGUCAGAGAUGCUCACAGAUUCCACAAUUUUAAGGAUGGAAAAUGCUCUUGUGGGGACUAUUGGUGAGGGGCUGUUUCUAUCUCUCUUCUUUCUUCUUUCUUCUUUCUUUUCUUUCUUCUCCACCCCCCGCCCCCCUCUCUCUCUCUCUCUCUCUCUUUAUGGCCUGUGAAAUGUGAACUAACACCAUAUGACAAUGACUUUACUCAGGUAACUUCCGCACUUGACUAAAACAAACAAUUUAACAUUCC